AUGGCUUCUUCAGAGAGUUCAACACUGAAACCAAUCCCCGGAAGCUAUGGCCUUCCAUUUUUCGGACCCAUGAGUGAUAGACACGAUUACUUCUACAACCAAGGACGUGACGAGUUCUUCGCCACCCGAGUCCAAAAAUACAACUCAACCGUUAUCAGAACCAACAUGCCACCUGGUCCCUUCAUUUCUUCAGACCCUAAAGUCAUCGCUCUUCUCGACGGUGUCUCUUUCCCAAUCCUCUUCGACAACUCCAAGGUCGAUAAGCGCGACGUCCUCGACGGAACCUUCAUGCCUUCCACCGCCUUCACCGGCGGUUACCGUACCUGUGCUUUCCAAGACACCACCGAGCCUUCCCACGCGCUCCUUAAGCGUUUCUUUAUCCACAUACUCUCCUCCAAACACGACACCUUCGUUCCACUCUUCCGUAACACCUUAUCGGAGCACUUCGCCGACCUCGAAGAGAAACUCGCCGGAAAAUCCUGCAGCUUCAACUCCUCCAACGGCACCGCCACCUUCAACUUCCUCUUCCGCCUCCUCACCGACAAGGAUCCGGCCGAAACCAAGAUCGGCUCCGACGGCCCCAAGCUCGUCGAGACCUGGCUCGCCGCUCAGCUCGCUCCGCUCGCCACCGCCGGCUUGCCGAAGAUAUUCAACUACUUGGAAGAUUUCGCGAUCAGAACGGUCCCGUUCCCGUCGUGGACCGUUAAGUCAGGCUACAAGAAGCUCUGUGAAGGUUUCUCGGCGGCGGGUGCGGCGGUGCUCGACGAAGCAGAAAAAAUGGGGAUCAAGAGGGACGAAGCUUGCCAUAACCUGGUUUUCAUGUUAGGGUUCAACGCUUACGGUGGGUUGACCAACCAGUUCGCUAUUCUGAUCAAAUGGCUCGGGUUGGGUGGUGAGGGUUUACACAAGCAACUCGCUGAUGAAAUCAGGACCGUUGUUAGGGACGAAGGUGGAGUCACUAUCGGAGCGUUGGAUAAGAUGACUUUGACCAAAUCAGUGGUGUACGAAGCGCUUAGGAUAGAGCCUGCUGUACCCUAUCAGUACGCCAAGGCGAGGGAGGAUCUGGUGGUGCAUAGUCACGAUGCGGCUUAUGAGAUCAAGAAAGGUGAGAUGAUCUUUGGAUAUCAACCGUUCGCUACAAAGGAUCCGAAGAUUUUCGAGAAUCCCGAAGAGUUUGUGGGCCAUAGGUUUGUGGGUGAUGGAGAAAAGCUGUUGAAACACGUGUUCUGGUCCAAUGGACGCGAGACGGAGGAGCCCACACCCGAUAAUAAACAAUGUCCCGCCAAGAAUCUGGUGGUGCUCUUGUGCAGGUUGUUCUUGGUGGAAUUCUUCUUGCGCUACGACACGUUUACGUUCGAGUUUAAACCAGUUGUUCUGGGUCCCAACGUUACCAUCAAGUCUUUCACUAAGGUCUAAGGCCUCAACCUUUUGAUCAUCAUCGAGACCCACCCUACCUAAAAGUUCUCUCGUCCUACGUUAAAUAUCACUUUUUAUAUUUACUUAAUUACAUUAUUGUAAUUUCUUUUCUUUUUGUGUUUACUAAAAAAGAACCUUGGGGUGGGAUGUGCAUUAAAGAUAGGACAGAAGGACUGAGG